UCGUGCCUCAUCAUUGGUGUCAGUGGGAGGAAUAGUACCCUAUCAUUGGUGUCAGUGGGGAGGAAUAGUGCCCCAUCAUUGGUGUCAGUGGGGAGGAAUAGUGCCCCAUCAUUGGUGUCAGGGGGUGGAGGAAUAGUGCCCCAUCGUUGGUGUCAGUGGGGGGGAGGAAAAGUGCCCCAUCGUUGGUGUCAGUGGGGGGGAGGAAUAGUAUCCCAUGAUUGGUGUCAGUGAGGGGUGGAAUAG